CUCCAGGGGGGCAGCAGGAUAUGUGUGUGUCUGUGAGUGUGUUUGAGGCUCGUCGAGCAGCAGUGGAACUUGAAAACUUCAUCGCGUUCAGCGAGCGGAAGACUCAGCGUUUUGGGAGCUGAAAUCUGGUGCUUUCAGUCCGGCUGUGAUCGAUAGCAGGACCCGGUCCGGUUCCCAGCAUUGGAACGAUUUCCGGCCAACAUGGAUGAUUUAGAUGCUUUGUUGGCGGACCUUGAGUCCACAACAUCCCACAUUUCCAAGCGUCCGCUCUUCCUGUCCGACGAGACCGCCUACUCCUUCCCUGUUGGGGAUCAGAGCCAGCAAGACCUCUCCUCUCCACCCCAAGUCCAAACUCCCUCUGAACUAAACGGAGUUGAUGAAACAGAGUCCUUCAGCUCAGCCCAGAGAAGUCCGUGGUCUAGAGAUAGCGGCAGUCCAACUCAACCCAUUGGUGAGGAGGACCACGUAUACAGUUUCCCUAAUAAGCAGAAGAAUAGUGACUCAGCCAUGAACUCAUCCUUGGGCAGCAACCUGUCUGAACUGGACCGCCUGCUGUUAGAGCUCAACGCUGUCCAGCAAAGCACCCCUGCCUUCCCCACAGAAGAAGAAGCAGCUCCCCCACUGCCUGCCAGCAGCGUCAUACACCAUGUCCAGGAGAAUGGAGUCUCUACUGUGGGCAAGGCUGGUCCCCCUGUACUAGAGAAGCCCAAGCGCAGUGUGGCAGCUCGGGGAAUAGAGGAUGUACGACCAAGUGUAGAGAGCCUUCUGGAUGAGCUGGAAAGCUCUGUGCCCUCUCCGAUUCCCACACCGUUGGUUGUGUCAGACGAACCAACAGAUGGACAAGAGGAAACAACGGCUCAGCAACAAGCCAGAAUGUCUGCCUCCUCUGCCACACGAGAGCUGGAUGAGCUAAUGGCCUCCCUGUCUGACUUCAAAGUCCAAAGCAAUAUCCAAUCCCAGGGAAAAAUCUCGCCUACCGGUCCCCCCAAGCCAGCCAACAAGCUGGACAACAUGCUGGGGAGCCUGCAGUCCGACCUCAACAGACUCGGAGUCCAGACGGUGGCUAAAGGUGUCUGCGGAGCCUGCAAGAAACCCAUUGUUGGACAGGUGGUGACUGCCAUGGGCAGAACGUGGCAUCCCGAGCACUUUGUGUGCACCCACUGCCAGGACGAGAUCGGCUCCAGGAACUUCUUUGAGCGUGAGGGACAACCAUACUGUGAGAAAGACUACCACCACUUGUUCUCACCACGAUGCCACUACUGUAAUGGACCCAUACUGGAUAGAGUAGUGACUGCUUUGGACAAGACUUGGCAUCCAGAGCACUUCUUCUGUGCACAGUGCGGAGCCUUUUUCGGACCCGAAGGUUUCCAUGAGAAGGAUGGGAAGGCGUACUGCAGAAAGGACUACUUUGACAUGUUUGCCCCUAAAUGUGGAGGCUGUGCCCGUGCCAUCCUGGAAAACUACAUCUCUGCCCUCAACUCACUCUGGCACCCUGAAUGCUUCGUCUGCAGGGAGUGCUUCACGCCAUUCGUAAACGGCAGCUUCUUUGACCACGAUGGUCAGCCGUACUGCGAGUCUCACUACCACGAGCGGCGUGGCUCGCUGUGCUCCGGCUGCCAGAAGCCCAUCACAGGCCGCUGCAUCACCGCCAUGGCGAAGAAGUUCCACCCGGAGCACUUUGUGUGCGCUUUCUGCCUCAAGCAGCUCAACAAAGGCACCUUCAAGGAGCAGAACGACAAGCCUUACUGCCAAGGCUGCUUUAUUAAACUCUUCAGUUAGACUGUGUGAUUGCGUAUACAUGUGUGAGUACGCUGAAUGCACAUGUGUGAUGUGUGUGCCCUCACAUGUCUAGCAUGUAUGAGUCAGUUUGACCCUUGACACCGAAGGGACUUCCCGGGCUGUCCAACCUCUCAGGCUUGGCCUUUCACACUUUUGCUAAAAGACAUUUUUAACAGAGCCCAAAGAGAUUUUUAUUUUGAGUUCUUCUCCUGUGUGCAGCAAAUAAACUUUGCUAAUUUCCCCUUUUACGUGUGUACAUAAAUAAGCAUAUGGCUGUUGAGUUGAGACUUCCUCAGAGCCCUGAUUUUGAAAUGAUUAAAUUCCCCCAUUGCAGGGCAAGACUUUGCACUCUAUGGUGGUUUUAUGCAGAUAUGAGUAAGCUGCUCAAUUGCAUGGACCACGGUGAGUUGACUUAAGCAGUGUAUAAGCAGAAUAUGUUGAGUUCAAUACACAGUGCUAGGCAAAUCAGUGUUAGAAUGAUCUAUGGAAAAUAUGUAUUUUUCUAUCUUUGGAAACUAUUUUAGGUGCCAUUUAAAAAUAUCCAUUGAAACUUUCCACAUGUAAAAUUACACAGACACACACUGAACUCCUUCUUGUUUUUCACGUCUUCAAAAUACCAGUUCAAACUCUUUAAACACUCCAACCACAGAUCUCUUGAUGAGACGUCUUAAGGUGCAUUUUACAGGUGUCGGCAAGAUAUUAGCUAGCCCUUAUUUUUGUACUGUUUUACUACGAAAAAGAACCCACAUGUUUUCUCAGAUUCAGAAAACAUUACAUUUACAUUUGUACUCUUGUUAAUUAACAUAUAGAUAAGUCGCCUUUUUUUCCGCUGUAGCAACUUUUUCAUUUUUGUUUUCCCAUCCCAAAGUGUGUGUUGUGUCGAAUACAUCGUCUACUAUCAAAAAACUGCAAACAGUUGAGGAUGACAAAAAGAAGGUCAAUAACAAUUAACAAUAUGAUUACCAAAUUAAACGUAAGGUGCAAUUUUAAAAAGAGCCAAAACUAAGUUUAAUGUCUUUACUCCAUUUUAACCGUGGAGAUUUUCUCUGCUGUAUGUAAUCACACAGAAAAAGCAGAAUAAAUGACACUUCAGUAAAACCGGUUUCUUUAAUUUACAAUUGCUACUGUGUGAAUUUAUCACUGUAUUAAAAAGGCUGGUUUUAAAUACGAUUAUGCAUUUGGAUUAGUGGCAUGCUUUCUUUAGUGUGGAGUUUUAUCAGCAGUAGCUGCCAGUUGCUGUUACAAUCACAAUCUAAAUUUGUAUACCUGUAAUAUGCUCCACUUUGAGACAGAACUGUGUUUUGUCACUGUUUUGAUGAAAAUAUAUAUAUUUUUUGAGAUGUUUUGGCUCAAACUGAUAUGCAAAGAGCUGGCUCUAUUGGCAUGUAGGCUAACUAUAGUUUACCCUAUUCUUACACACACACAACACGCACCAGCUUUGAUUCCAGUGUGUCAGACUUCCAAUGAAACGCAGCCUUUAUUAUUGUCUUUGAGUCAUAAGCUGUGAUCCUGCUGUCUGAGUUGAAGUCAGUACUUGGCUCACGAUGGAUGCUGGGUGUGUUAGCUGGUCAGGAAUCAGAAUACAGGGCCAAGCCUCUCACAACAUUUAUGUGAUAACUCAUUUCAUCUUUAUUUUCCCUGUUGCUCUGUUUUGCCACAUAUAUGAAACAAUGAGUUUUUUUUGGGGGGUAGACAAUAUUUCUUGUCUUUAUGAUCACUAUGCGUGUACCCACGUUUGGAUUCUUUUUUUUCUGAGAAAAUGUUUGCUCUUGUGCCAAAUGUGACAAUGCAAUAAGGUCUUAUACACUGUGGAGUUCUCCACCCUUCCUGUGAUUUGACUCUUUAUGGGCUGAACUCCGGGCGAGGCUUCGUCUGCUUGGGUGCAUCUUAACUCAUAAACGUUUACACUGUAAUAAACAUGCCGAGGAGGAUUCAGCAAACGGAAUGAUAUACACUUGUAGGCGAGUCAGAUUUACAGGAAGUAGUAGGGGGAAGUGAACAGGAAUUGUGAGUUAAUUUUGCUCCAUGUAUAUUUAUCUGCUUACAGAAUGUCUUAUUGUUUUUGCUUCUGUCAAAGAAUUCAUGAAAAAAAAUAUACGCCUUUUAUUAAUGAGAUUAAGUGAAAUUGUAAAUGGAGAUAUUCAUGUGAUCCUUUACCCGUUACAUUUUCUCACAAGCCACAAAUUAUACUGGCUCUUUGUGUGAGGUGGGGUGAAAGCCUAUGUGGGUCUUGAUUACGGACUGGUUAUUAUACCUGCUGCGAAUAAAAUAAGUACUUUA